AUGAUAUGUGUCAAUCAACGGCGAAAUUAUAUUGAUUUACAAACAAAAUUAAUCGACGCUCUUCGUAUAUUUCAAUCUAUACGUAUAUCAGCAUUACCAGUUGUUGAUAGUGACAAAAGAUUACGUGAUAUCUAUUCAAAAUUUGAUAUAAUGCAUUUAGCAGCAACACGUACAUAUGCUAAUCUUGAUGUACCAUUAUGUGAUAUACUCGAUUCGAUUCAUGAUCAUAAUACUUAUCAAUUAAUAACAUGUAAAACGACAGAUCAUUUAUUUAAAUUAAUGGAUAAAUUCGUUACUCGGGAGGUACAUCGUAUGAUUAUAGUUGAUGACAAUCAACAUAUUAUUGGUAUUCUUUCCAUAUCCGAUCUCAUGAGAUUUCUUGUAUCAACAUUUGAUAAAAUGAGUCGUACUAGUUCGAAUACAUCAACUAGUACUUCGAAUGGACCUGUUUUUGAAUGUGAAUCAAUGGAUACUUGA